AUGCCUGACGUGUCUCGCACUAUGCAAUCACGAAGUGCAAAAUUAGUUAGUGCUGCUUUACGCAACGAUAUUUCUGUAGCCGAGUGGUCUAUCGUGCCGUCAACAAGCAGUGGCAUUCAAAACUCGGUGCAAGCAUCAAGCUCGGAGCAUGUUGUGGUGCCGCACUAUUUGCUAGAUACAGGGUCUGAUUUUCAUUCUGAUGACUCAGUAUUGGAUUAA